GCCAAACAACACUGACCCAAAGGCCCAGCCUGCAGGCCACCAGUCACAGUCCUUAUCUGAGCACCAAGUUCCCAUGUUGCUAGUGGAGAAAACUCUCACCAAAUAGGUUAACCUCCGAAGUCCCUCUCUCCAGCCGCACCCAUGCUUCUGGCGCGAAUGAAUCCGCAGGUGCAGCCGGAGCUCGGCGGGGCGGACCCGCUGCCUGAGCAGCCCCUGAGGCCCUGCAAAACCGCCGAUCUGCUAGUGGUGAAGGAGCGCAACGGCGUCCAGUGCCUCCUGGCGUCCCAGGACGGCGACGCGCAGCCCCGAGAGACUUGGGGCAAGAAGAUUGAUUUCCUGCUGUCCGUGGUGGGCUUCGCGGUGGACCUGGCCAACGUGUGGCGGUUCCCUUAUCUCUGCUACAAGAAUGGUGGUGGUGCCUUCCUGAUUCCAUACACGCUGUUCCUCAUCAUCGCGGGGAUGCCCCUGUUUUACAUGGAGCUGGCUCUGGGGCAGUACAAUCGGGAGGGGGCAGCCACCGUGUGGAAGAUCUGCCCUUUCUUCAAAGGAGUGGGCUAUGCUGUGAUCCUCAUUGCCCUCUAUGUCGGCUUUUACUACAAUGUCAUUAUCGCCUGGUCACUCUACUACCUCUUCGCAUCCUUCACCUUGAACCUGCCCUGGACCAACUGUGGCCACGCCUGGAACAGUCCCAACUGUACGGACCCCAAACUCCUCAACGCCUCGGUGCUGGGCGACCAUACCAAAUACUCCAAAUACAAGUUCACACCGGCUGCGGAGUUUUAUGAACGCGGAGUCCUACACUUGCACGAGAGCAGUGGGAUCCAUGACAUCGGCCUGCCUCAGUGGCAGCUGCUGCUCUGCCUGAUGGUCGUCAUCGUUGUCUUGUAUUUCAGCCUCUGGAAAGGUGUGAAGACAUCAGGAAAGGUUGUCUGGAUCACAGCCACCCUGCCUUACUUUGUCCUGUUUGUGCUCCUGGUCCAUGGCAUCACACUGCCCGGUGCCUCCAAUGGCAUCAACGCCUACUUGCACAUUGACUUCUACCGCCUCAAGGAGGCCACGGUAUGGAUUGAUGCUGCAACCCAGAUAUUUUUUUCCCUGGGAGCUGGAUUUGGAGUCUUGAUUGCAUUUGCCAGUUACAAUAAAUUUGACAACAACUGUUACAGGGAUGCUCUGCUGACCAGCACCAUCAACUGUGUUACCAGUUUUAUUUCUGGAUUUGCCAUCUUCUCCAUCCUUGGUUACAUGGCCCACGAACAUAAGGUCAACAUUGAGGAUGUUGCCACUGAAGGAGCUGGGCUUGUGUUUAUCCUGUAUCCAGAAGCCAUCUCUACUCUGUCGGGAUCCACGUUCUGGGCUGUGCUGUUCUUCUUGAUGCUCCUGGCUCUGGGGCUAGAUAGUUCAAUGGGAGGCAUGGAAGCAGUCAUCACCGGACUAGCUGAUGACUUCCAGGUCCUGAAGCGACACCGGAAACUCUUCACGUGUGUUGUCACCAUCAGCACCUUCCUUCUGGCACUGUUCUGUAUAACCAAGGGAGGGAUUUAUGUCCUCACUCUGCUGGACACCUUUGCAGCAGGCACCUCCAUUCUGUUCGCGGUGCUUAUGGAAGCGAUUGGGGUCUCCUGGUUUUAUGGUGUGGACAGGUUCAGCAAUGAUAUCCAGCAGAUGAUGGGGUUUAAGCCAGGCCUGUACUGGAGGCUGUGUUGGAAGUUCGUGAGCCCUGCCUUUCUCCUGUUUGUGGUGGUGGUCAGCAUCAUCAACUUCAAGCCGCUCACCUACGAUGACUACGUCUAUCCUCCCUGGGCCAACUGGGUCGGGUGGGGCAUUGCCCUCUCAUCCAUGAUCCUGGUACCUGCCUAUGUCAUCUACAAGUUCCUCAGCAUACGCGGCUCCCUGUGGGAGAGAGUGGCCUAUGGAAUCACCCCGGAGAAUGAGCACCAUCGGGUGGCCCAGAGAGACGUGAGACAGUUCCAGUUGCGGCACUGGCUGGCGAUCUGAACCUGGCAAUGAGGAAGAGGAGGAAGAGGACCCAGGCGCCAACGUCCAGAUCCAGGGCACCCUCUUUGCCCCCAUUCGGACACCGCCUUGGGAUUCCUCUCCUGGAAGACACCUUCCCCAUCGCUCCCGUUUUUCUCAGUUACUAAUGAUUCCGUGACGCUGGUUUUGUUCACCUUCUGUUCAUCUGGCCCGGAGGCAGUGAGUGUGGAGAACUGGUGAGCCUCAAGGAAGAGGCUAGAAGGAGGAAGUGGGACGUGAAGUCUGGAACCCUGGCUCGAGGGCGAGCUUACUGCAUUGGGAGCACACCUCAGCUGAGGUCCACGGCUCGGGCAGAAACCCCUCCCGGAUUUGCUUGCGCUACAGAUCAUAAACGAAAUCUUCCGUUCACCCAGGCUGAGAGGAGAUUGGCUUCUGGUUAGAUAUCAAAAGCCCAACCAAAGCCUGACAGGGUGGGGCCAGGGUGUGCAGGUUACCCCUCUCUUUCCAUUUAUCCUGUCACUGCUCCGGCAUCUGAGCCUCCAUUUGGGAGUGGGGCUUUAUUUGCACUGAAAAUGCAGCUGGUAGAUAUUCUGAGGCUGGGGGCGGGGGGGUGUUAGGUAGAAACUCUCUUACUUAGCUAUCUAGUUAAUCAAAGGCUGGUUUUGGGUGUGUCCUAGAAUAUUACUCUAACUUCUGGUGUUUGGAGAGUCCCCAAACCAUGAUUUUAGGGGAAGAAUGUAGCUGCACCACCAGUGAGGGAGUUCCCCAAAGUCAGAUCCUUUAGAAAGGUAGUAACGGCUAGACAAACUGCCAUCUGCUAGUUUUGUUCUGUCAGACAUAUGGGUAGUCCCCAAGGCCUUCCUAGGGAGGAGACAGGGUCUCUCUACAGCCAGAUAUGUGGGCCCACCACAGGGACUUCUGUCCUGGCAGGCCAGGUGGGUGUCGUAGGACAACUUGAUAGGCUGCCGUGGUUCUUCAUGGUCUUCCCCUGGGAACCGCAGCAGACAGGGGGCCUGAGCAGUGGAGUCUGUUGGCUCUGAAAAUGGCCUGUUUCCUUAUUUACUUGACUUGGCACCUUGGAGGGCACGAUGGGACUUACCACAGCCCAGCCUAGCCUCUCAAGUCCAGGGAGGGUAUUCUGACUGGAGGGGACAGGCAGAGAUGGCUUCAGGAAGUUUCUAAGUUUCACAUGUGACACACACUUGCAACUAGUGCCCUCUGGUGGUUAGGUUUGGUUCAUUGAGGGAAAGGAUGGUUUGGUAAAUUGAUGGUGUCUCCUUG